UCUGUCAAAAUUGACAAGUAAAAUACACCGCGUUUCUCGGUCCUCUGUAUCGGUUUGUUGUGAUAUCUCGUUUUGUAUUAGUAUUAUUACAUAAAAGGAAUCAUGUCUGACGGCAGAGACGGAGAUAAGAAGGCUGAUGACAACAGGCUGAGACCAGCGAUCCGCAGUCACCAGCGAACUCCCUCUGGGUCUCGUGACUUCAAGGAGGCCACCAAACGAGAUGCUCUUACACGGCUGGAGGUGGAACUGGAGAGACUUGUGGAGCAAGUCCAUGAGACCAGGCGGCCACAUGUCGAGAAGGAGUUCAAAGGGUUCAAGAACCUCUUUCGUAGAUUCUUAGCUGAACAGGGCCCCUCAGUCACAUGGGAGAAGAUUCAGAAGCUACCAGAGGGCGCUGUGAUCGACUACUCGUCCCUGACCACGCCCACAACGGACAAUGUCCACCGUAUGCUGGAAAAGCUGGUGGUCGUCAAGCUCAAUGGUGGUCUCGGAACUUCCAUGGGAUGCAAAGGUCCCAAGUCCGUUAUUCAAGUCAGAAACGAUUUGACAUUUUUGGAUCUUACUGUACAACAGAUUGAGCAUCUGAACAAAAUCUACAAAUGCAACGUGCCCCUAGUCCUGAUGAACUCAUUCAACACGGAUGAGGACACGCAGAAGGUGAUCCGCAAGUACCAGGGUCUGAAGCUGGAGAUCUAUACCUUCAACCAGUCCUGCCACCCUCGCGUAAACAGGGAGUCUCUGCUGCCGGUACCACAGCACACUGACGUACACGCGGACAUUGAGUCAUGGUACCCACCUGGUCACGGUGACUUCUACGAGUCCUUCCACAACUCCGGUCUUCUGCAGAAGUUCAUCGGAGAAGGAAGGACCUACUGCUUCAUCAGCAACAUUGACAACUUGGGUGCCACAGUGGAUCUGAACAUCCUGAACCUACUUCUUAACCCAGACCCCCAGAAACCGAUCUCAGAAUUCGUUAUGGAGGUGACUGAUAAGACCAGAGCUGAUGUUAAGGGAGGUACCCUAAUCCAGUAUGAGGACAAACUAAGACUUCUGGAAAUUGCUCAAGUGCCAAAGGAACACGUAGAUGACUUUAAGUCCGUCAGUCAGUUCAAUUUCUUCAACACAAAUAACUUGUGGGCGAAAUUGGACGCGAUCAAGAGGGUGGUAGACCAAGGAUCUCUGAACAUGGAGAUUAUCGUGAAUAACAAGCAUUUGGCGGAUGGUCUGAACGUCAUUCAGUUGGAGACGGCCGUAGGAGCAGCCAUGAAGUGCUUCGAGGGAGGAAUCGGAGUCAACGUGCCAAGGUCACGCUUCUUGCCGGUCAAAAAGACAUCUGACCUCUUACUAGUGAUGUCCAACUUGUACAGCUUGUCACAUGGGUCUCUAGUGAUGUCCCCACAGCGAAUGUUCCCAUCGACUCCGUUAGUGAAAUUGGGUGACAACCAUUUUGCCAAAGUGAAAGAGUUCUUGAACAGAUUCGCGACGAUACCUGAUCUGAUCGAGUUGGACCAUCUGACUGUGUCUGGCGACGUCACGUUUGGCAGAGGAGUCUCUUUGAAGGGCACAGUAAUCAUCAUCGCGAACCAUGGAGAUCGUAUCGACAUACCAUCAGGAGCGGUUCUGGAGAACAAGAUCGUAUCCGGAAACCUUCGCAUCCUGGAUCAUUAAAGUCAAUAUCAGGUACUGAACAUCAUCACGAUUACAUCACAUCAUAAUGAGCUAAGUUAAGCUAUGCUCCACCGGUACCCACGUCAAGAGGAAAGGGAUAGCGCGAUUUACCUCCGUAUAAUAGUCCCUGGUACUUAACUUGAGAUGAUUUUCUUGUGACGGGAGUAAGUUCGUGUGGCCCGGAAUUAUGUUGCCGGCCUUCUUGGUAUUUGAGGAUUGAAAGAGGGUGGGGGAGAGGUCUUUUGGCCUUCGGUAGCUUCACUCACACGGCGAAACACGACGUUGUUUCACGUCGGUUUUCUGUGAGGUCGUGUGUGACUCCGGCCCAUCCGUGCUAAAGCAUGGUUCUCCCACUGUUUAAUUCCUAUUAUUUAUGCUUAAAAUAAAUUUUGAGUAAGUAAGGGUUGAGUUAAAAGUAAACUGAGAAAGUACAGACGACGAACUUACCCCCACCACGACAAAAUCUUGCCAGGCUACUUGCCGGGUAUUAUAUCUCCAUCCUUGUCACACAAAGUGAAAUUAUUCUGGAAUGGAAAUUAUGGUAUAUAGUGAGGAAGGGACUGUACCCAUUCCGAGGUAAACAAUACUUUUUUAUUGGAUAAUAUACAUGUAAUGGAAUUUUUAAAAGUUUUCAGUCAAAUCAAAGAUUUUUCAAUGACAUUCUAGGUGUUAUAAUGUAGAUAUUGUUAUGAAAUAAUGAAUUUAUUUUUGAUUAAUAUUUAUUAUUACGUUUAAAACGACUUGUUAUU